AUGAAGGAAUUUUAUGAUACUUGUUUUGAUGAAGAAGGCUUUUUGAAACAGCGAUCUAAAUUUAAAUGGUUGGGAGAAGGAGAUAAGAAUACUUCUUUUUUUCAUAAUAUCCUUAAAUGUAAUAUUAAUCGCCAGAGAGUGGAUGCUGUUUUGGAUGAUGAAGGAAGAUGGAUUAGAGGGAUAGGUUUGAUUGAUAAAUUUGUAGGACAUUUCCGGGAAUUUUUGGGAAUGGAUAAUAAUAGUAUGCAGGUUAUUCCUAAUAUGGACACUUUGUUUGAAAAGAAGUUGGACAAUAACUUGGCUACUGAUAUGAUUCGUGUUAUUACUGAUAAAGAAAUUCGUGAAGCCAUGUUUGACAUUGAUGAUUUGAAAGCUCCUGGUACAGAUGGAUACUCUUCAAAAUUUUAUAAGGCUGCUUGGAGUAUUGUUGGUAAUGAUGUUUGCAGGGCAGUGAGGGAGUUUUUCUGGAGUGGGAAAUUGCUGAAGGAAGUCAAUUCUACAAGGAUUAUCUUGGUUCCUAAGGUUGAUGCUCCUAAGGAGGUUACAGAUUACAGGCCAAUUGCAUGUUGCAGUCCCCGUUGUGCUAUGAAGUUCGAUAUUCAAAAGGCGUAUGACACAGUGGAUUGGAAGUUUUUGGAAUGGGCUUUAAUAGGUUUUGGGUUUCACCCGUUCAUGAUUAAUUGGAUCAUGACUUGUGUUUCUUCCCAAAAGUUCACCAUCUGUAUUAAUGGAUUUGAUCAUGGAUUUUUUGAAGGAAAACGUGGUCUAAGACAGGGAGAUCCUUUAUCCCCUUAUUUGUUCACGAUUGUAAUGGAGGUUUUUAGCUUAAUCUUGAGAAGGAAAAUAUGUGAGAAUAGGAAUUUUAAAUAUCAUUGGAGAUGCCAAAGUCAAAAAAUCACUCACUUAAGUUUUGCUGAUGACUUGUUAAUUUUUUGUCAUGGCAAUGCUAGUUCUGUUCGUGUGGUUAAAGAGGCGUUGGAUGAGUUUAAGUUGGUAUCAGGCCUCAGUAUAAGCAUUCCUAAAAGUUAA